GGGAAGAGGAACCACUGUGCUCUCUUCAGUUGGACGCGCCUUCAGUGUCCGAGCGGAGAGCUAGAGGUCUGGAGGUCGCAAUGGCGUCAGCUCCGUUCUUCGUCGCUUUGUCGUCGUGCGUCCUGCUGAUGGCCGGAGGCAAGGAGACGCUGCUGGACGACAUCUGCAUGAACUGCAUCUGCGAGGCGACGUCUGGCUGCGACAUGAUGUCCCCGGAGGCGGGCUGCAACAACGACACGUGCGGGCUGUACGCGCUGCCCAAGGUCUACUGGGAGGACGGCGGCCGGCCGCGGGUACCCGGCGAGGAGGAGGAGGACGAGGACGAGGCUUACAAGACUUGCGCCCAGGACACCCGCUGCGCCGAGGCGGUGGUACACAACUACAUGAUUAAAUACGCACAGGACUGCAACCACGACGACGACAUCGACUGCUACGACUAUGCGGCUAUCCACCGCAAGGGCGGGUUCGGCUGCCGUGCGACCUUGGACCAGAAGUACCGCCUGUCCGUGGACAGGUGCAUCCAGGCAGCCAGGAACCUCACCGCCCCCGCCCCUUGAACCCUACCUCCCUACCCCCCUCCGCAACUGCUGCCGAGGCCAAUAAACUACUCACGCAUACCA